AAAAUUUUUAUACUGUGUGGAUCUUGUUUUAUAUUCGUGUACUAUUGUAAUAAAUAAAUAAAUGUUAUAUUCAGAAAUAUAUUUGAAAAUUAAGCUGUAAAAUGCUUCUUGAAUCGUUUCGACAUCAUUAUUUUUACAGAAGUUACAACUUGUUGAAUUUUGUCUAUUUCUUGUAGUCGAGAAAUUUAUUCGAAACAUUACGGCAGUUUAGAUAUCUUAACCUCUCAAGAGCACAAGUGGAGCUCCAACUUGUGCACGAUAGUUUUUGCUAAGUGAAAAUAAGAAUAAAAAACUAUUGAAUAAACAUUAGAAUUAUAUCAAAUUUUUUAAUAUUACAAUAUCCUAAUACUAUCAUAUUGUUAUCAACUUGAGCAAAAUUUAUAACAAGGAAAUGGCAAGCAUAAUAGGAAUGCGUUUCUGUGUUAAUACUAUGUCAAAAAAUCAUACAAUAAUGUUCUCAUUAAGAGUGAUGACAAAUUACCGUCAUUUUUUAAUGAGUAAAGAAAUUUGUAUAAACCAGCAAAGGUGUCUGCAAACUCUUUAUCACUGGAAUUUUUUAAAACACUUACAAUAUAUUUGUGCCAAGGAUGAUAACAGAAGACACUUUUCUAUGACCUAUGUAUUAGCAAAAGCCAAGGAUCGUGGCAAAGAUAAAAAGAAACAAAAGACAAAACGUAUUGAUUUUAAUGAGAUGGAACAAGUUAUUGAUGUUAAUAAGCUAACCUCUCAAUUUGACAGAGCUAUUGAAGGUUUGAAAGAUAAUUUUGUUAAAUAUUUAUCAGUAAGAUCAAGUAUAGGUGCUCUGGAAGAAUUAAAAGUGAAGUUUGAAGGAAAAGAUUAUACAUUGCAAGAGCUCGCUCAGAUUAGUCGUAAACCUAAACUCGUAGUGUUGGAUAUAUCCACUUUUCCACAAGCUAUCCCAAAUGUUCUCAAGAGUCUGUCAAAAAAUCAGAUGAAUUUAAAUCCACAGCAGGAUGGAACUACAAUUUAUGUUCCUAUUCCUAAAGUAACAAGGGAAUACAGAGAAACAUUGUCCAAAAAUGCAAAAUCCUUUUAUACAAAUUGUUGUGAUAAUAUUAGAGAUAUACGCAACAAGCAGAUCAAGGUACUCAAACAACAGGAAGGAUUAGCCAAAGACCUGGUGUUCAGGAUGGAAGACUAUGUAGAUAUUCUUAGUCAACAAUAUAAGAGUAAAGCUGAACAAUUGUUGGAAAGCAAAGAAAAAGAAUUAUUGGGUGAAUCUGAAUGAAUUUGAAGUUUUAAUAAUUUGUAAUACUCUGAGACAACUAAUCAUAAAUAUCUAUAGUGAUUCAUAAUCGUUAAAUGAGACAAAUUUGGAAGUGGUAUACUCAUCUUUUCUUUGCUGCUUGUCCAUAUAUUUUGAGUGAUACUUUCAGUACCAUAUGACAAUCAAAUCCUAUGCAUAGUAUCAAUCAUAGUAUCUGUGUUGCAGAUCACAAUAGGAAGACAG